AUGGACGUCGUCCUGUCGGAUUUUGUUCGCUCGACGGGGGCAGAACCAGGACUGGCCCGAGACCUGCUGGAAGGCAAGAACUGGGACCUGAGUGCAGCCCUGAGUGACUUUGAGCAGCUGAGGCAGGUCCAUGCUGGGAACCUGCCCCAUUCCUUCAACGAGGGACGUGGCUACAAACCCCUGGAGAAGGAGGCACCUCGGCUGGGGCGACCACCGCUCCAGCGGCAGGACGACAUCGUGCAAGAGAAGCGCCUGUCCCGGGGCAUCUCCCACGCCAGCUCCACCAUCGUCUCCUUGGCCCGUUCCCACGUCUCCAGCAAUGGCAGCAGUGACCACCUCCUGGAGAUGCCCAUCUGCACCUUCCAGCUCCCCGACCUCACCAUCUACCCCGAGGACUUUCGCAGCUUCAUCGAGCGCGACCUGAUCGAGCAGUCGAUGCUGGUGGCCCUGGAACAGGCUGGUCGUCUGAACUGGUGGGCAAACGUGGAUCCCAGUUGCCAAAGGCUCCUUCCCUUGGCCACCACGGGAGAUGGGAACUGUCUGCUCCACGCCGCGUCCCUGGGAAUGUGGGGCUUCCACGACCGAGACCUCAUGCUCCGUAAAUCCCUCUACACCUUGAUGGACAAGGGGCUGGAAAGGGAAGCCCUGAAGAGGAGGUGGCGUUGGCAGCAGACCCAGCAGAACAAGGAGUCUGGCCUGGUUUACACGGAAGAGGAGUGGCAGAAGGAGUGGAACGAGCUGAUCAAGCUGGCGUCCAGCGAGCCCCGCGUCCACUACGGCGCCAACGGGGGUGGCUGUGGGGGUGUGGAGAGCUCCGAGGAGCCCGUGUACGAGAGCCUGGAGGAAUUCCACGUCUUCGUCCUGGCCCACGUGCUGAAGAGACCCAUCGUGGUGGUGGCAGACACCAUGCUGAGGGACUCAGGGGGUGAAGCCUUUGCCCCAAUUCCCUUUGGGGGGAUCUAUCUUCCCCUGGAAGUCCCAGCCAACAAAUGCCACCGUUCUCCCUUGGUACUGGCUUAUGACCAAGCCCAUUUUUCUGCCCUGGUGUCCAUGCAGCAGAAAGAACCCACAAAAGAUCAAGCUGUGAUCCCCCUGACAGACUCGGAGCACAAGCUGCUCCCCGUGCACUUCGCCGUGGACCCCGGGAAGGAGUGGCAGUGGGGCAAGGACGACAGUGACAACGUCAAGCUGGCCAGUGUGACGCUGUCGCUGGAGGCGAAGCUGCACUUGCUGCACAGCUACAUGAAUGUCAAGUGGAUCACGUUGCCUGGUGAGAUGCAGGCUCCUCUGGCCCAGCCAGAAUCUCCCACGGCCUCGGCAGGCGACGACGCUCGCUCAGCGGCGGAGUCGGGCGAGUCGGACAAGGAGUCUGUUUGCAGCAGCUCAGCCAGCAACGGGGGCAGCAGGGCUGGGAAGGAGAGGGAGAAGCCAAGAAAGGAGAGGGAAAAGGAGAAGGAAAAGGAGAAAAAACGGGCGGAUUCGGUGGCCAAUAAACUGGGCAGCUUUGGGAAGACGUUGGGAAGCAAACUCAAGAAGAACAUGGGAGGUUUGAUGCACGGGAAAGCUAUCAAAGGAGGGGUGAGCAACGGGCAGGGAGACACUUUGGAGAAGAAGAAGAAAGGUUCCUUGAAGGCAAGGAAAGGCAGCAAAGAGGAGUCUUCCCAAGGAGAGUUGGCAGGUCCUGGGGAAAAAACCUGCCCUGGGAAAACGGCCCCGGAAAAGCCGUCGGAUCCCUACAAAUACAGCAACGACGUGAGGCUGAGCCUGAGCAUCCUGAGGGCAGCCAUGCAGGGGGAGCGCAAGUUCAUCUUUGCUGGGCACCUCAAAACCAGCACCAGGCACCAGUACCAGGAGGAGAUGAUCCAGAGGUACCUCCUGGAUGCUGAGGAACGUUUCCUGGCUGAGCAGAAACAGAAGGAAGCGGAGAAGAAGGCGCUGGGGGGUUCGGCUCCCGGCAAGAGGCCGGAGGGGGAGGCGAGCAAGGGGGAAGAGGGGCUGCUGACCCCCCCCUACCCCACACCCCCCACCACCUACCCCAUCCACACCCCGGAGCUGGCCCUGGGUGCUAAAAUUGCAGCUUUUCCCACGGGCUAUUCGGGCGUUUUCACUUUUCCCAGACCCUCCAUGGGCAGCAGCCUGGAGGGGCCGCGUCCCCCCGCUUACCCCGACGGCCGGAGGCAGGUGGCUGGGGGCAGCUGUGGGAACCUCCCUGCUUAUGCCACUUUGCCCAGACAUUGUCCCCAAGGCAGGGCCAACAACCCCUACCAACCCCACCUUUCCCACCCAGGGAGGUUUUCCCCCACGGACAUGGACAUCCAUCCUGCUUUCCCAACGGAUUGUGAGGGCUCCGCUUGUCUCCCCGCUCCCAGCAACGGUUACCGGGAAGCCCUGGAACAGGAUGGUUCCCAGAGAGGGUUACCCACGGAGAGGAGCAGAAGCAGAAUCCUUUAUAACAUCCAGCAGAACAAAUGCAAACAACCCAACUGCAGUUUUUAUGGACAUCCAGAAACUGGGAAUUUCUGCUCCUGCUGUUACAAAGAGGAGAUGAAGCGCAAGGAGCAGGAGGCUUUGGUGCACAGGUUCUGA